CGUCGUGCGCUGCGAUCGCGCUCGACUGAGCUCUCCUAGUCAUUCUCGAGCCAUGUGAAUGUUUUCAUCACAGAAGAGACCUGUCAACUUUUGUUUCCAUCGUUUGGAACAAUGAAUAAUUCCCUGGAUAAUUAGACUUUUUCUGAGCGUCUGCUCCUAGACCUCGAAAGACAGCUUUCGCCGGGUGGCUAGUUUUUCUCAAGCUUGUGGCCGUUGACACUGCAGCGUGCGGGUCCCGCAGUGCGCGAGUGUGUGGUUGAUUGGCAAACGAAAAGACGACAGCUGAGGCGCGUAAACAUUAUAGAGUUUUAAUUGACGAGACGAUGGCUACAGUUCCAGCGUAGGUCCCGAGACUUUCAUCAAAAACUGAAAUCAUGUGGGGACUAAUACUACUAUUUAUCACAGGUUCUGUGGUAGCUGUAGAAGUCCACUUCGAGAAUAAAGACAGUGGAUUUUUUCUAAAACACACGGCGAGAUGGAAUGGAGCUGGACCUCCACCGGAGCCGAUGGGUACCGCUCUACCUGGUGCCCUUCUUUCUCUCGACCGUUUCACGGUUCUGCAAGGUUCAGCUCCGGCGUCAGUUAGAGCGACUUACGGGCCUUUUUCAACAAAGCAGACAGUGCCGGCUCGAUAUGCCGUACCUGAUCCGUUAGAACCACCUCGAAGGAACGCAACAUUACUUGAGCUACAAGACGCGACUGCUCACAGGCUCGACGUAUCCGCCCACCUUGUAUUCAGAGAAUUACCACGCGAUGCUCCUGUCCUGCGGGUUUUGUUCCACACUGGUGGCGAAGGAGGUGCGCGUAGAGCUGCCUCACGACUACGCAGAGUGUGUAUAACUCUACAUGCAAGCUUAGGAUCAAAAGUAUUAACCGCAACAUGUGGCCCAGAAGGAGAAGAAGGUGCAUGUCUUGCAGAAUUGACUGUGCCUGCGGCUUGGUGGCCCGCUGACGGCAAGGGGAAAAGGCCUCCACGAGCGCUUAAAUUAGCUUAUAGUGCAGCAGAAGCUAAUAGCGGUGAAACUGGAGAAGGAGUUUGUGGAAAAGUGUCAGUUCAACCCGCUUGGCCCUUGGGAACUGUGACGCUGGCCGGCGCACGUGCUGGGUACAGAGAGGCUCGGGCAGGCGACACAGCACUCCUUUUGCCACGCGCACCGUUAUAUCCUCAUUUUCGUUUGCACAUUCCUUUUGUGGUGCGCCGAGAUGCGAGUCAUUCGAUCGGACAUGUAGUAAUCAGGAUGAAAGUGAAAUCUGGUUUGAGGUUGGUAAGUGUGACAGCGUCGAACUCUCACUGGGCGGUGACCGCGGAGGUGAAGCCUAGGAGCGCUACUGUGACUGCCACCCGACUUGAGCAACCACUUCGAGACGAUAGUGGGUUAGAACUGGACGAAGAAGACACUAGUGGUGCGGGUGGUCCAGGAUGGGAAGAAGUUCUAACAUGGUUAGUGGAAGUCGGAGCUGAAGGAGAAGGUGACGCUGAGGGUUCAGAGGGAGAAUCAGGUCGUGGUACAGCUCGUAUCAGCUGGUCAGCAAGAGUAUCGUCUACACCCAGUGGUACUUCCACUACCGAAGAGACUCCUCAUGAACAUCGAGUGAAUACUCGACUGGAUAUUGAAAAGGAUGAUAUACAAGCUGUAUUGCCGAUUUCUAAGAACUGGGAGGUGUUAAACACAGCAGUGCUCACGGGUCGCCAAGUUUCGCAAGCGAUGAAGGUGCUGAUAGUGUCGCAAGCGGGGCAGGUCGCUGACGUCACGCUCCAGAGCUCUUGCCACUCGGAGGACGAGAGCGUCCUCAAAGUGUCGUCAUCGUGCAGUUCCGUCUAUGUGGAUGGGUCAGAAAUUCGAGGAUCUUCAAACGCUUCAGUGAUUGUGAAGUAUGGAACAUAUACCGGUCUAGCAAGAUUCACUGUUUGGAUGCCGGAAUACCCGCUUGAAAUCGACGUGGAUGAUAAUAGACUAUCACAAAUUAAAGGUUGGAAAGUUUUAGAUGAAACGAACGCUAAAGACAGAUUAAAAAGGUCUCUUUCGUCGAGAGGGUGGGGUGCAACCAGACCCGAUGGCCCUAAUACCUUGACGGAUCAGCGCUCUUGCCGGCUCAGAUACCAACAAAGCAACGUCGAGGUUUACGCGCGUUUCCUAGCCAAGGACCACGACUCAGGUCGUGUCUCCUACUUCGUGUCCCGUCGCACGUGGCUCAAAGUGACGGAACUAGUGUUGUCACUGAUGCGUGUGUCGGACCCGCGUAUAGCGUCACUACGGAACCGCGUGCUACAGGGACGCAGUACUGGACGCACUGAGGUGCAAGUGCUGUCGCCGAUAACUGGCCGUGUAAUUGGUCUCCGCGAGGUCCGUGUGGUCAACGACAAGGUGUCGAUUACCCGACUCCUAGUGCGAGUGAUAUCUGGUUUACAACUGAACAUUUCUCCAGACACGGCCAUUGAAAACGGAUACGUGUCCGAAACUACUGUUACGAGACGAUUGACAGCCCAAUACCAGGAAGGGCUUCUAGACAUAGACAUAGAGUUUUCCGACGGAACUCACACAGCACUGCGCGAUGUGGCCACGUCAGACUAUCACUUGUUAGUGGAAAGCUUGGAUAUUGAAGUUGUGGCCUUUGCGCCCAUGUUGGCUUCUGUACAUCCUAGAGUUAUUGCUGUCGGUGAAGGUAGCGGCGAACUACUACGCGUAACCCUGCUAACACCCGAUCAGUGUCGUUCCGGUCCGAUCCGGCGAGUAUCUCUCCCCGGGAAAGGCGACACCAAGACUCCAGCGAACAUUAAGAACAUUCCCGGGGCUCUAGCCACAGCUGCUGCUAGUGUUGAUGUCGACUUCAGUGGAACUGAUGCUCCACAGAGACCAGAUACACCACAAAAUGAUGAUAUCAUGGCUAGGGGUGGGAUCAGAACUGGAAUGAACGACCUGACUGAUCUGCUUAAAGAUAUUUCACGUAUUAAAGAUGAAAACAACCACAAUCCCACAGUGCAAGCGCAGCAAUACGGAUCCAUUCACCGACCGAACGCCGCUCACCAUCCGAGGCAUAUUGCGCAGAAAAAUGAGUCGCAAGUACAAAUCGGAAUGACUAUCUUACUGGGAGCAUUUUGUUUCGCGAUUAUGGUAUUUGUAGUGUCAUGUGUUGUAUAUGCAUACAAAUUGAAAAGAGUGAACAGUCCAGGAGGUGGUGGAUGUAGAAACAGUCCCGGAGCUACUGAAAGUGGACGCUUACAAGUUACCAAUUUGGUUGGCACUACCCUUGGGUUAGCUAAAGAGAAGCCUUCAAGGGAGUCUACUACUAAUGCUCAUGAUUGGGUGUGGCUUGGAAGGGCAACAAUCGAAAAGAACGGCAACCGCCACCCAACAAACAGAAACUCGAUGCAACCGAUGCAAUGCGACAAGGGGAACAACAACCAAGAGAUGCGCAUAACGUCCAACCCUUUGAACUACAACUACGUCGACCCAGACGAUGCUAUCCGAGACAAUGGAAACGUUAUGGUCACCAGCUUUGAUAACCCCAACUCCAUAGAACUACCAUCACAGAACGAGAAACGUGACAGGAUCAUAGAUUCGACGACAUAUUGCAAGAAACCCUCGAGACACGCGCGGACAAACUCCGGAGACGGUCAUUGGCAGGAUACCAAUAACCAAGACGAGUAUCGACCACCCGUGCCACCGCACAGAAACUCUUCGACACCUCAGCCUCAAGUACCGGUGCCUCCACGGAAUUCCAAUAAAAUUUUGCCGGAGUCAGUCAUGCCACCAGCUAGACGAAGCCACUCCAGGAAUCAUCAUAAGAAACACGAUCGCGAGCACGAGCCUACCAAGAGAUCUCCGGAAAAUCAACGCCACCCAGACCGAAUUAUUGAUUUGAAUAAAGCCGAGUCCCCAUACAUUCCGAGCCGAGAAAUUAAAGACCAAUACAAACGCGAUUCUUACCCUCUUCGACUCCGCAACGACUUUGACGACGAUCCAAUGGAAAACCUUACUAAUAAGGACGAUUGUGCAAGAUUAUUUGAGUUUGAUAACGAUGCUCCUCUUAUCAUGGAGAAUAAGGACUAUCGAGAGAUUGUUGGCCUCAACAGAGGAACUGAUGACUCACGACGCACCUUCACUAAGCCGGAAAGCCCUGACUACAUGCACGACUCUGGAAUCGGUCUACCUGAUUUGCAAAUGAGACAUAAGAGUAAAUCGAAGGAUACUAAUGGCAAAGGAGAUUUCGUUGAAUUGUCCAACCAAAAUAAAGGUACCCCAUCCCCCGAAGUGAAGCGCGCCACCAUAGUGGGCAACCCGAUGUACUCGCGCGGGGGAGCUGGGGUGGGGGGAGCGGGGGUGGGGGGAGCCGAGCCAGCCGUAGAGCCGCUCGGCCUCGACGACCUGCACAUGGACUACGAUCAAAUCAUGCACUAUUUCCAUAACCUCAAGGUAUAA